CUCCUCCUCUUCCUCCUCCUCCUCCUCCUGCCGGGGCUAUAUAGGGAUGCGCUCCCGGCGCCUUCCCCACGCCCCGGCGGCACCGGGCUCCCCAAAAAAUCCCUUCUAGCCCCCUCUGCCUCCAUCCCAUGGGCUCGGCGAGCACCUGAGCCCGGCUCCGCGAUGAAGACCAUCAUCGCCGCCUACUCGGGGGUGCUGAGAGGUACAGGGUCAAGCAUUCUUUCUGCUCUGCAGGAUUUGUUCUGGCUAUCCAAAUCCAAAGUAGAGAAACAACUGCAGAUCAUCUCUGUGCUGCAAUGGGUCCUCACGUUCCUUAUCAUGGGUAUUGCUUGCACUUUAAUCCUCAUGUACAUACUGUGCACAGAUUGCUGGGUGAUCGCUGCUCUAUAUUUAGCCUGGCUGGUGUUUGACUGGAACACGCCAAAGAAAGGUGGAAGAAGAUCCCAAUGGGUGAGAAACUGGGCUAUAUGGAGGUACUUCAGGGAUUAUUUUCCAAUAAGGCUGGUUAAAACCCACAAUCUGUUGACCACCAGGAAUUACAUUUUUGGGUACCAUCCACAUGGCAUCAUGGGCUUGGGUGCCUUCUGCAACUUCAGCACAGAGGCCACGGGCGUCAGCCAGAAAUUCCCCGGGAUCCGACCGUACCUUGCUACCCUGGCUGGGAACUUCAGGAUGCCCAUUUUGAGGGACUACUUAAUGUCUGGAGGUAUAUGUCCUGUGAACCGCGACAGCAUAGACUACAUCUUAUCCAAGAACGGCAGCGGCAACGCCAUCAUCAUCGUGGUGGGGGGAGCGGCGGAGUCCCUGAACUGCACCCCGGGGAAGAACUCCGUGACGCUGAAAAACCGGAAAGGAUUUGUGAAACUGGCUCUACGGCAUGGUGCGGACCUGGUUCCUGUCUACUCCUUCGGAGAGAAUGAAGUGUACAAGCAAGUGAUCUUCGAGGAGGGUUCCUGGGGAAGAUGGGUUCAGAAGAAGUUUCAGAAGCACAUUGGCUUUGCUCCGUGCAUCUUUCAUGGCCGUGGCCUCUUCUCCUCCAACACGUGGGGCUUGUUACCGUACUCCAAACCCAUCACCACUGUCGUUGGCGAGCCCAUCACCAUCCCCAAAAUUGAUAAUCCAUCCCAGAAGGAAGUGGACUUCUACCACAGCAUGUACGUGGACUCCCUGAUCAAACUCUUUGACAAGUAUAAGAGCAAAUUUGGUCUGCCAGAGACUGACAUCUUGGAAGUCAACUGAAGGGACUGGCUCAGCAGCAGCACCUCCUUCUCUCAGAUUCAGCCCAUCUUCUCCAGGAGUCCAAACUGUCAUCAUGCAUUUGAAAGCAUGUGUGGGUGUAUGUGUCUUCUUAAAGAAAGUGUUUAAAGUAUUGCUAGACCACUUGCAAAAAUAAUUAUU